AUGGAAGUCCAAGGAUCAUCAAAACCAAUGAUAGCAAUACAAGCAAAGAUGGUGGAGGCAAAGGUCUCUAUACCAUAUAUAGACCAAUGUGCUGACCUUUUGAUUCCACUCAACAAGUGUCGCCAGGUUGAAUUUUAUCUCCCACAAAAAUGUGAAAAUGAAUGCCACUCUUACGAGAAGUGUGGCUAUAAGUUUGUGAUGGAGAAAAUACUUCAGAUGCAAAAGAUCCAUGAAGAGGAGGCUAAGCUAAAACAAGUCCAAAAACAAAUAAGCUCUAUUCCUCUAAUAUCUAAAACUGCCAAUGCUUAGGUACAAAAAUUAUCAAGUUUUAUCUUUCCUUUAUUUCUUGAAGAGUUUUUCUUUUCUUAG